AUCACUUAUCAGCUGAUUCGUGACGUUUUACAAGGAAGGCGAAACUCGACAACAAAACAUGGUACAUUUACUUGACAAAUUACGUCCUGAAGAAUGUCCAAAACUAUUACACAGGGUGGUGGAUGGUGUAUGUGGGCGGGAGUCCCCUCGGAUGGCAGACUAUGGUGACAUGUGGACCCUUGUAGAAUGGAUGGAGCUCCUUGACUCCCUCUCCUCUCUGUUCCGGCUCGCCGUCGGUAAGAACACCCCAGACGAAGAGGUGCUGGCAUCGUUGGCAGACGUGGGCCGGGGGUACGGGGAGGCCGUGCUGACCGUCCUGAGGGCCAGACGGGAGGAGAUCCGCCAGGCGCUGGUAGAGAGGACCAAUAACGUGUCCAGCUCCACCCUCCAGGACUUUGACUGGCAUAUAAAGCUGGCAUUGGCCAGCGAUAAGAUCUCGUCUCUCCAGACCCCUCUACUCAACCUCAGUUUGGACGUGAAGGAGAACGGGGCCCUGAAGCCUGUGUCUGUCGAGAUGAACCGAGAGGAAUUACAAACACUCAUCAGCUCAAUGGAGGCUGCCAAUAAGGUGGUACUACAGCUGAAGUGAUGGUGGCGAUAUACAUUUAUUUCACUGUGCCCUUUCAUCUAUGGCUCUUAUUAAGGGGACUUGCUAUAUCAUCAUAGAGGGACACUGAACUAUGAUGCAGGGUCUUUCUGGAAACAGUGGUCUGAUCCAAAUACAGCUUUUUGCCUUCAACCCCCUUAGGCACUGAUUCCUACGCUUCCCCUCAUGAAUUCAAAAUCAUUGAACUUGUGUAAGCAUGGGAUAGUGGGUGUUGCACCAUAUUCCAUUUAUUUUCAAUCCAUGAGGGGGAGUGAAUGAGUGCACAUUUUAGGGAAAAGGAUAUAGAAUCAUACUUCAGCCUAAGAUAGAUUCCCAAGACUGCAGUAAGAAGUAGUCUUUUGUACUUUUUUAUUUUUGCUGUGUUUUUUUGUAAUCCAUUCUAUUACUGUAUAAUAAAUAUUAACGUUUGACCUUUU